CCUCCAUUAUCUCUCCAAACUUCGCUCUCUGUCUGUCUCUUUGAACCUCAUCAAAACUCUAUCUCCUUAACAACAUUAUAUUACCAACGCAACGUUUCUUCCUCCUAUCAUAUAUAUGCUCUUUUCUAUUCUCUCAGAGAGAUAAUAAUACUCCCCCUCCAUAAGAUCAAGGUCUAGAAUAUCUUUUAUGGGGCACCAGCAAAUUUAAAAGAAAAACUCAACCGUCAAAAGUAGUUCUAUUAUAUUGAGUUCGAUAAUCAGGGAAAAUCAAACAACAGAUUGCAAAAGCUUGUGAUAAGAUUUAGACAUGGCAGGGGAGCAGUUGAAAGUGCUUAAUGCACUUGAUGUUGCUAAAACACAGUGGUAUCACUUCACCGCAAUUGUGAUUGCUGGCAUGGGGUUCUUCACAGAUGCAUAUGAUCUCUUUUGCAUAUCUCUUGUCACAAAAUUGCUGGGCCGCAUAUACUACCACGAGGAAGGCUCCCACAAGCCCGGCUCUCUCCCGUCGAAUGUAGCUGCAGCCGUUAAUGGUGUUGCAUUCUGUGGUACUCUUUCAGGCCAGCUAUUCUUUGGUUGGCUCGGUGACAAAAUGGGCAGAAAACGUGUCUAUGGCAUGACUCUUAUGCUCAUGGUCCUUUGUUCAAUCGCUUCUGGUCUUUCCUUUGGUAAAGACCCCAAAGGUGUUAUGGCUACACUUUGCUUCUUUCGCUUCUGGCUAGGCUUUGGCAUUGGUGGUGACUAUCCCUUGUCUGCAACAAUUAUGUCCGAGUAUGCCAACAAAAAGACUCGUGGUGCUUUCAUUGCUGCUGUUUUUGCAAUGCAAGGUUUCGGAAUCUUGGCGGUUGGAAUGGUUGCAAUUAUAGUUGCUGCAGCUUUUAAGGCCCAAUACCCUGCACCGAUUUAUGCUGUGGAUGCAAUUCGAUCAACAGGGCCUGAAGCUGAUUAUGUUUGGCGUAUAAUUUUGAUGUUUGGUGCAGUUCCAGCUGCGGUUACUUACUACUGGCGUAUGAAGAUGCCUGAGACUGCUCGUUACACUGCCUUGGUUGCUAAGAAUGCGAAACAGGCCGCAGCUGACAUGUCGAAAGUUCUUCAGGUUGAUCUCGAAGCUGAACAGGGGAAAAUUGAACGAAUUUCUAAUGAUAAAGGAAAUGAUUUUGGUUUGUUCAGUUCUCAGUUUGUUCGACGCCAUGGACUCCACUUGCUUGGAACUACAAGCACUUGGUUCUUGUUGGAUAUUGCCUUCUACAGUCAAAAUCUAUUCCAAAAGGACAUUUUCAGUGCCAUUGGUUGGAUUCCUAAGGCUGAAACCAUGAACGCCCUCGAGGAAGUUUAUAAAAUUGGUAGAGCACAAACUCUCAUAGCUCUUUGCAGCACAGUUCCUGGUUAUUGGUUCACUGUGGCAUUGAUUGAUAAGAUGGGAAGGUUUGCAAUCCAAUUGAUGGGUUUCUUCUUCAUGACAGUGUUCAUGUUCGCUCUAGCCAUUCCUUAUCAUCACUGGACUCUACCAGACAACAGAAUUGGGUUUGUUGUGAUUUACUCAUUCACAUUCUUCUUCGCGAACUUCGGUCCAAAUGCCACCACAUUUGUUGUUCCUGCAGAGAUAUUUCCUGCCAGGUUAAGGUCAACUUGCCAUGGAAUAUCAGCUGCAUCUGGGAAAGCCGGUGCCAUGGUGGGUGCAUUUGGUUUCUUAUACUUAGCGGACACUGGAGUUAAAAGAGCACUUAUAAUUCUAGGUGUGGUAAACCUUUUAGGUAUGUUUUUUACAUUCUUGGUUCCUGAAGCAAAAGGAAAAUCAUUGGAAGAAAUGUCAGGUGAAGCAGAGGAAGAGAAUGGAACAGAAAGAACCAUUCCAGUUUAAUUAGGCCUUCUAAUUGUAAUACAACAUCCUAAUUGUUUUCUGCUCUUUAGUCUUUGUUUUAAGUUGAAGUUAUGCCUUCUUAAUUUUCCUUUAACAGUUGAAUUAGUAAAAUGGAGUUAUCAGUUUUA